AACAUGAAAGAACAUCAACUUGGAUGAGUGUGCGCAUUCGUGUAUCAACACGUUCUUUAUGUCAUCGCGGUUACACUUGCACUCUUGAGCAGGUUGGGUUAGCCUUCUCUUAUCCUUUGUGUGAGUGCCUGUGUGCAUGUGCGUGCAUUUAUGUAUGAGAGCUGGGGUGCGUGCGUGUGUGUGUGUGUACAUGCUCGCGACAGGUCGCGUGUUUCAGUGCGCGCGUGUGUAAUUUCCGUGAUGCGGUGAUUGGUACGUCCCUUCAACGUGUCACAACAUUUGGUGGAUUACCCUACUUUCCCCUGCAUCCCAUGUAGAAGUACCACUCGUUUUCGCUCUUUGUCUGAACGGGAUUGCACGGAGGAGCAAGACUUGACUCGGGUCAUCAGAACCUUCAGGCGCAACAAGUACUAACUUGUGCUCUCUGACGACUUUGACUCUUCGCUCGUACAUGCAGAGGAGCAGAGACGCGAGUGAAUCACUUCAGAUAGAAUGCCAGCACAAGAGCAUAUUGCUUCUCUCUCGUCAACCACGACACUGUGCUCAUUUACAAGGAAACUACUGCGCGCAAUGCUUUCAACGGUGAUCGCAGUGAUUUUGCUGUCUGCCUUGACGGCUGAAGUUCGAGGAGUGGACGGCGCAGCUGCAGCCCCUCCUGGGUGUGCGUCUUGCGCUUUGUCCAUGUUGGAAAAGGGGUCGGAGGAAAAUUUCUUGGUAGAACUCGCCAAGCAACAGAUCCUGGAAAAACUCCAUCUGAAAGUCAGACCAAAUAUCACCAGCACCGUUCCUCGAGCCGCACUGAUGACCGCUCUUCGGAAACUCCACGCGGGACGGGUGAAGCAGGAUGGGACGCUGGAGUUGGAUGCCAACCUGAGCAGUCGAGAUCAAGCGUACGAGAUUGUCAGUUUCGCAGACAUGGACAAGGGAGUUGGAGAGCCCACCAUGAGCUUCCAGUUUGUGCAGGAGCAAGAGCGCAACGUGCAGGUGCUGCAGUCCACCCUGUGGCUGUACGUGGUGGCGCCCGAGGCUCAGCCCCAGAUGACGGCCAACAUCUACGUGUCGGGGCCGCUGGGGCCCGGCUCCAACCGCACACUGGUGCUGCGCAAGACGCUGGAGGUGCAGAAGAGCAACUGGCACACCUUCACGGUGACGCGCACGCUGCAGGCCUUCCUGGACGGGGGCCAGCGCCGCCUGAGGCUGGAAGUCGAGUGCGAGGACGGCGGGCGGAACCUGUGCAACUCGCCCGACGCGGCCCACCAGCCCUUCCUGGUGGCGCAGGUGCGUCUCCGCGACGACGAGUCCAAGCACGCCCUGAGCAAGCGCUCGCUGCGCUGCGGCGACGACGUGAGUGUGUGCUGCAAGAAGGACUUCUACAUCAAGUUCCGCGACAUCCAGUGGCAGGACUGGAUCAUCGCGCCCGAGGGCUACCACAUGAACUACUGCAUGGGCCAGUGCCCGCAGCAUUUGGCCGGCUCGCCGGGCAUCGCCUCCUCCUUCCACGCCACCGUCUUCAGCCAGCUGAAGGCCAAUGGCAUCCACACGGCCGUGUCGUCCUGCUGCGUGCCCAUCCAGCGCAGGCCCCUCUCCAUGGUCUACUUCAACUCCCAGCACAGCAUAGUCAAGACCGACGUGCCCGACAUGAUCGUGGAGUCCUGUGGCUGCACAUAGAACUGAACAGCAAAACAAAAAAAAAGGGAGAGAGGAGAAGACAACAGGUUUAGACACAUACCUAAUUCCAUAGAAAAAUAGGCAGAGGUGUAUAAAGUGGAAGUAGAUUGACUAGUAGACGUACUUGUACAUCGUUACACCAGUUAUUCCACUGUACUUAAUGAGUACCUAAUGAAGGUGUUUGUUAUACUUCUAUCUCUACUUUAUACACCUCUGGAGGCCAAUGGAUAGUCAACUCUGCACAUGCAUUCUAUUAGAAACAUAUGCAUACUGCACACAGUCAUACAUACACUUUCUAAUGUAAAUGAGCAAUAGAUGUAGAUGUCAAAAAAAAUGUAAACAUACACAUAAACAUGUGAACUAUAUGGGUCAAGGUUUAAAAAGUUAUGCCCAGGGCUUUUGUAGUAUACAGAGGUUCAAAUCAGUAUUACAAUGAUACAGUUAUUACAAUGUUAGAUGGCAUUUCAAAAAAAAAUAUAUUUUUGUAAAUGUGUGUAAAAGACAGAUUUUUUUAAUGGUAGGCACAUACUGUAAGUUUUUAGUGUGCUGUACUUCAUGCAGUGCCUACAUAACUCAGGGAAAUGGAAAGAAAACGUUACAUCAGGCGCAGUAGCAGGCUAAUGUGCGUUUCGAUCAAAACUUGUACAGUUACAAUUUCCUAAAGCGAAAUCCAACUAAUUGUUCAAUCAUUUCUUUCAGUCUACUUUCAACAGAGCUCUAUAAAGUUGAAGUAAAUUCAUGAUGGUAAUACAACACUAUUACAUGUUGUUACAUCAAUUAUUCCACUGUACAUAAUACUGCCUAAUGAGGUUUUCACUUUACUUUUACUUCUGCUUUAUAUUUUAUACAACUCUGAAUUGCAACUCUUUUGCUGGCCUUAUUUUGGGCAAAAGAACAGACAAGUCUCCAGAUACUUUAUUUUCAUUCGCAUUGUGAGACACACUUUUUGUUAAAUACUGAGUGCUUGUUUAUCUAUUUACUGUAUUAUUUCAUAUGCCAUGUUGCCAAAAAGGAGAAGAGAGCCCAACACAGCAUAACUAUCUAUGGCCACUUCAAGUGAUGUUUUUUUUUUUCUCAGUUUGGUACAAUUUGAAAACUAAGUAGCCUACAGUUCAAGUAGUUCAAGUUCAAGAACAGUACAAGUACAGUUCUUUUUUUAAAUUUAAAGACAGAGCUCCUGAACAUUAAGACAGAGCUGUAUAAAGGCCUUGGAUAGAUGAUAGAACAUCUUCAAGCUCAAAAUCGAACUUUCCAGUUGCCUACAACUCCUUUGUGCGAUGCCGAAAUGGUUUCGUCAGCACCUCCACUGUAUUAUUUGUCUAGGCGUCACGCCAGGGCAAGUGUUCCGCGCAUGAACUCUUGCAUGUUACUCAACGCUGCGGGUAAACAUUUAGUUAUUGCCACAGUGUCUGUCAAUUUGAAGGUCUGUGGGAAAUGGCGGUCAAUGGGCAUGCUUUGUGGCACGUCGAUGUCUGGUUUCUGAAGGGUCUAAAGUUUCACUUGCAAAACCAUGAUGUCAGCACUCGUGUACAUUCAGGUCUAUACAGGUAGUAGCUUAUAUGGUGUAUAGGGACACAUUUUUCGUUCAUUCCUUACACCAUUCUUUGCUGAUGCAGGCCUACAUGUUCGCAUGCAGAGGUCCAUGAAACAGGAAUCUUUUUUAUCUUGCUGACUUCCACAGUUCUUCUAAGCACUUCCUUACUUACCAGCACCUAAAGAACCCAAGCUUUUAGUUUGUUUUGAAGCACUUCCUGCCCUGUGUUUAUGCAAAAUAGUGGCAAUCAGCAACCAAUGUCUAAAGAAUAUUCAGAAUCUUUGUACGUUUGUAUUUUUGGCCUGCCGUUUGUUUUGUUGCAUGUAACUAUUUUGUACUUCAGAUGCUGAAUGGUGUUCUGUUUUAUGAGUCCAUUCUUUUAUUUCAUUUUUUUCAUUCAUUCGAUUACCAGUCACAUACUGGUAAGCUAAAUACAGGUACGCCUAACUCUUACAGCCAUUAUCAGAAUUAGUGUAUUUUUGCAUCAGCACUUUAUAAUACCAACAUGAUAAAAGGGAAACAAUAUAAAUUUGAGGCAACCAGGAAAAGUCAAGAAAACAGAAGGCGUUCAAUCAUUUUUCUUGCGCUUCAGUGUAAGUCUCUGCAGUUGGCUUUGUUUAUAUAUCUUUUUGUUGUUGUGACUGUUUCUUGCUGUCAGGUUACUGUAAAAUAUUUUCUGACAACUCUGGAGCACUUACAGAAUCAAUUGUCUAAUCUGUCAAUCAAUUGUCUGUAAUAUGUUAUAUUUUCUUAUGUUUUAGAUGUAACAAUGAGUUACAACUUACAGAAUUUACUGUACAGUAUUUUGUGAUGAUAUUGCAAAUAAUUACACUAUAAAACGACAUGAAUAUAUUUUUUAAUAAAGAUAUUUUAACUAUUA